CUGAAGAGGGAGGAGGCGGAGGGGCUCGGCAGCCCGGCCACGCGUUAGCCCGGCCCCGUGCAGGAAGCCAGCGGGCGAGCAUCGCAAUUCAGCCCGGAUCUGGCUGCGGGGAAGGAGGUUCGCUCGGGCCCCGGCCCGGGGGGUUCGUAUUUGGAAAGUUUAUGGCCCGGAUUAACCGCGCCCGAGCUGCCCCGGCGCCGCGGCUCAGGGUCCAGAGCCGGUGAGCUCAGGGGUGGCCCGGUUCAGCUUUUGCAAUGUCCAAGUUCUGUCCCGCCGCGCGGGCGCCCGGGGUCACCGCUGACAGCCCCGCCGGGCCCCCCCGCAGCCUUGUUUGCUCCCCGGCGUGCUGCUGAGGCGGCCGUUUUGCAAGCCCCGGGGAGGAAGAAAAGUCCACAGGCUUCGGUGACACCUUUCCAGCUGGGGGGACCAGAUUUCCCUUUGCCGUCCUGCGGCCUGGAUAUAAACCCCCGGCCCGGUCACCCCUGCCUCCCCUGGGCUGCACAACUUCAGAUGAGAAGGGGGCAGUGCAGGGAAACCGGGCUGCGACUCCGCCGCCCCAGCCACAAAGUGCAGGAGGGCCCAGGCCUCUGCGCCUGCAGAAUGGGCCGGGGGGUUUGAAGGAUCCUGGGGCUGGUCAGACAGGAGCCAGCCACGUUCCCUGCCAUGCUGCGGGCAGGACAGUGCUGGGCCGACGGGGAGGACAUUCUGCCUGGUUUACUUUCGCUGUAGUAUUUUUUUUUAAAAAAAACUUCCUUGUAUUUGUUCAUCUUUGGCUCCUGCCUGGAUGCUGAGAGUGGAGUUAAGGAGCUCUGCCUACUUUAGUGUCUUCGCCUUCUUCUCUCCGCAAGGGAAGCGGCGUGUAAAGGAAUCCCAGGCAUUGCGGCGGUAAAAAAAACAUUCAUUAGCCGCUGGGUUACUUCUCUGUUUCCAUCAACGGCUGAAAUUGCAAAACUGACCAAACAUCCUAGACACCCAAGGAAACAGAUGUUGGAGGCGACGGAUCCAGGAAGAGAAGCUGAGGUGCCGUAAGCCCAGGGCCUGGCUUUAGGGGGAGAGCCCAGACACUGCAUCGGGAUGGCCCUGGGGCCUGUGGGCCAGAGGGCUUCCUGCAUUCUGGGGGUGCUUUGGACGCUGAGCUGCGGGGCUGGUGCUUCGGGAGCCGACGCUGGAUCACGGGGUGUUGGGAGCCGAAUGCCCCCCCAGCUGGAAAUCGGGAGCAAGUCUGAUGGCAUCCGGUAUGCCCAGCACCAGGACAGGCCUGCAGAUUGCUGGGAAGUGCGGACCCGGAACAGCUCCGAGUGGUGCCACUUCAUCCGGACCACCCCAGACUGCCAAACGGACAGCGGCUUCCUCAACUACCUGAACGGGGUCUUCUGCCUCUUCCCCUCGGGGCUGCUGCCGCUGGCGGUGACCCUCUAUGGGCUCUGGCUGCUGUAUCUGUUCCUCAUCCUGGCAGUGACAGCUGAGAAGUUCUUCUGCCCCAACUUAUCUGCGAUCUCCACCAAUCUGAGACUGGCCCACAACGUAGCAGGCGUCACCUUCCUGGCCUUUGGGAACGGCGCGCCCGAUGUCUUCAGUGCUGUGGUGGCAUUCUCCGACCCCCGGACUGCCGGGCUGGCUAUCGGCGCUCUCUUUGGCGCAGGCGUGUUUGUGACCACGGUGGUGGCUGGUGGGAUCGCCCUGCUCAAGCCCUUCACGGUGGCCUCCAGGCCGUUCCUCAGGGAUGCCAUCUUCUACAUGGUGGCCGUGUUCCUGACCUUCACGAUGCUGUACUUCCGGAGGAUCACGCUGGCGGGGGCGCUGAGCUACCUCGGGCUGUACAUCUUCUACGUUCUGACAGUCGUGAUCUGCACUUGGAUUCACAGGCGGCAGCGUGGGGAAGGGUUGUCCCCUGCCGGCUCCGGACAGCCAGAUCGUGCGUCCGACCCGGAAGAUGAGGAUUCCCUCUCCUCCAGCGUUCACAGUGAGGAGUACGAGGAGGAAUACCGGCCCCUGCUCCCCUCCGAGGAGGGGACUCUACAGAUCCUGACCAACUCCAUGAACCCUCUGGAUCGCAGGAAGUGGAGGAGGAAAUCCUGCUACUGGAGAUUCCUCAAGGUUUUCAAGCUGCCGGUGGAGUUCGUGAUGCUGCUCACGGUGCCCGUGGUGGAUCCCGAUCAGGAGGACCACAACUGGAAAAGACCGCUCAACUGCCUGCACCUGAUCACCAGCCCUUUGGUCUGCAUCCUCACGCUGAAAUCUGGUGCCUAUGGGCUGUAUAAAAUCCAGGGGGUCUUCCCAGUCUGGGGCCUGGGAAUCCUGAUUGGUGCUUUCCUGGCUGCUAUUGUCUUCUGCACUACAAAGAACGAGGAGCCGCCCAAGUAUCACUGUGUGUUCGCCUUCCUGGGUUUCUUGGCCAGCGCCCUGUGGAUUAACGCAGUCGCCACAGAGGUGGUCAACGUCCUGCGGACCUUAGGCGUGGUCUUCCAGCUGAGCAACACCGUGCUGGGCCUGACGCUGCUGGCCUGGGGGAACAGCAUCGGCGACACUUUCUCGGACCUCACCAUGGCGCGGCACGGAUACCCCCGCAUGGCCUUUGCUGCUUGCUUUGGGGGCAUCAUCUUCAAUAUGCUGGUGGGAGUGGGACUGGGCUGUUUGCUGCAGAUGACAAGCGGCCAGCUGGUGGUAAAGCUGGAGCUGGAUGGUCUUCUGGUCUGGAUUCUAGCUGGAGCACUGGGGCUGAGCCUGGUGUUUUCCUUCAUAUCAGUGCCGGCUCAGUGCUUCCAGCUGGGCCGAGGGUAUGGAGUCUGCCUUCUCCUCUACUACCUGACAUUCCUCACGGUAGCUUUGCUGACGGAGUUCAAGGUGAUCCGACUCCCUGCCCUCUGACGGCAUCGCCGCCGGACGCCAUCUUGUCUCUUAGCACCUCUGGUGAGAAUGGUGGGAGCGGGUUGAUGAGCCUGCAGGGCCAACCUGCUGAUGGUGAAGGGGCAAGAGGCGACGGUGGGACGGGCCAGAUGCAGGUGAGCAACUGGCAUGAGACUUUCCACAUUGGCUGGCUGGGCCAGUUCUAUUCCCAGUGACUCACUGAAGGACACGCCACUGGGAGGUGAGGGAGAUGGAGCUCCCUUCCUGGCGAGCACAGCUCUGGAAACGUAUCUAUUUCUCUACGCUGAAGGCAUGACGACCAUUGGAACGUCCCACCUGGAGGGCGCGUGCUUUGGAUCCUGUACACUAAGGUUCGCGUGACCCUGCCGCCCCAGGAAAGGAAACUGGAGCAGCAGGAGUUGAGGCUACAUUGCUGCUCGGUUUAGACAUCCUCUAGCCCAGAGGCUACCCAGCCAAAUGAGAGCUCAACCCAGGGCUGCCUGGACUUCGUCCCUGGGACUCCACUGCCAGUAUUGACUUCCAAUUGAUUUUUGUAAGGAAAGGGAUUAUUUAGAUUUAGAAUAGGGGCUGGUUUGUUAAUUAAAGAUUGGUUUUCAGAGGAAGGCUUUGCAUUACAUUUUAAGUGGGGAUCAGUUUAAAUCCCUGCUGCCGUAAGUGGCAUUUUGCAGCUGCACGGAAAAGGGGGGCGUUUUUUAGCCUCCCCCCUAUAGGACAAGUGAUCAUUAUUCAUGGCACAAUAAAGCGAUUCUGUGAAAUGACUGUUUCAGUGCAACUUUGAACGACUUCUCAGAGUUCCAGUGGCUUCGAUACGUACCCUUUCAGCCUCUGGAAACCUGGGUUAGGCUCAGAUGCUUUAUGGAAGGGUUACAAAACAAAACAUUCAGUGCUUUCUGCAUAGUGCGGUCGUGGUCCAUGACUGGGCUCACAGGAGCUAUUACAGCACAUCUUUCCAGCCAUGGAGCAGUGGGGAAAUACAUCGCUACAGGGGCAAAUGCAGCAGCGCUGUGGCACAAGCUUGUACCAUACCCAGCUGUGCUGGGAGUACAUUUAACCUGCUCUAGUGCUGACGGGAAGUAGCAGUCGGCUCCCUUCAAUAGUGAAGGACCCCUGAACAGCAGUCACAUGUGGAUUAGUUUGCCAUUAAAGAAAAAAACAAUCCUCCUGGUUUCCUAGGAAAUUGCAUUGUCAUGGCUUUCUUUAAUCCUGUGUCAGCACUGUGCUUGGACCGAAUGACCACAAGGGUUAGUCACUGGGCCUUGUGCAACAGGGAUGGCAAGAAGCCUGGUGAAAUAAACUUAUCCAUCAACACACAGGCAGCCCAGGGAGUGGAGACAGCACGAGGGGGAGAGGAAAUAGUGGUGAACAUGGAUAAAAGCACCCUGCUUAAGGGUUCGAGUUGUGGCUGCUUCAAAUGCCCAGAGAAGUGAACUGCACAGUUCUAAGAGAUUGUUCUCAGGUGCCAAAUCUGCACAAUAUUUAAAAACCAUCUGAAAAAGGGAUAUUUGAAGAAAAAAAAAGCCCAUUUUCAAAAGUGACAGGCACUUCGGAUCUUAAAUCGCACUGAAAGUCAGUGAGACCUGGGCUCCUAAGUCACAUACAAAAAUGGGAUCUAGGCACUUCUGAAAAUUUCACUCUAGACCACAAGGGACAACUCCGGUGGGUUGGAGAAAGGGAGCAGCCAGUUUACAAACUCCUAGGGUUACUUAGCAUUUUAAAUGUAACGCGCAGAAGUUUCCGGCAGCUUUUAGAGUGGGGGCAAUGGGGGGGUCUCUGCGCCUAGCAACUGCAAUCUAAGGAGAACAGGGAUCCUCUCAGUUUGCCAAUAGCU